UAAUGUCGAAGGGAGUUUCACGUUUUUAGGAAUUUUGGUUGCGCGAGACGGAGGUCAACGGCGACAGCGAGACGAGGCUUUGGCGACAGUGAGACAGAGAGGUGGAGCAGCGCGCAGCGGCUUCCGGUUCCUUGGUGGGAGACGGCGGAACAGCAGCCGGUAGUCUUUUCCUCCGUUUGUACUGAUUUGUUACUUUCUGCACCUCAGCCCUAGCUAUUAAGCCUUGUGGAGUAUCCAAACCUUGAGACUCAUAAAAAGAUGAAAGCUCAAUGCCAAAGUUCGGAUAGAAUCAGUACACUCCCUGAAGAUACAAUUGAAAAAAUUCUAACUCAUAUGCCAAUCCGAGAUGCAUUAAGGACAAGCAUUUUGUCAAAGAAAUGGAGGUAUUGUUGGACCAGAAUGCCGAAACUUGUAUUUGAUGACAACAUGUUUACACGAUCAUCUAUAUUCGAAAAUGAUAUAAGCAAAGAUUAUAACUUUGAAGAUAAGAUUAUCAAGGCAAUCUUCCAAGUUUUGUUGCUACACAAGGGUCCGAUAUCGGAAUUCUGUCUUUGUAUUGUAGAUGCAGAAAUCGUUAAUGAGAUUGACAUGAUAAUACUCCAUCUUUCAUGGAACAAAAAUAUCAAGAAAUUCAUUUUUGAAUGUGUUGAAGGCUACAAGCUACCAUGUUCGUUUUUUUCGUUUCAAGAAUUAGAACACCUAGAUCUCAGAUGUUGUAAAAUUGAGCUUCCUCAUAUGUUUAACGGAUUUAGUAAGUUGAAAAUCCUCAAAUUUGACGCAGUUGAAAUCACUGCUAAGAUGCUUCAACGAUUCCUUACCAAUUGCCCACUACUUGAGGAGCUUACUUUGCACUUUGCUGCAGGUGGUAUGCCAUGGAAGCUCCCCACUUCACUAAUCCACUUGAGGAGACUUGUUCUUGAUGUCUGUUUUCUAAUACAAGACGAGAUUUCAUCCACACUUUGUCUGAUCAACAACUCCCCAAAUUUGGAGAAGAUUCAAAUAAACAUGAUUUAUAAUGGUGAAAAAACUCUCGCCAACUUGCCUGAUAUUCAAGAAGACUAUUCUGGCCUCAACUUGGAUCAUCUUAAAGAAUUGGAGAUCACAAGGUUCGGUAUCUUUGCUACCGAAAUGGAGUUUUUGAAACUCAUUAUGGCUAAGUCACCUCUGCUUAAGAAAGCACGAAUAGAGCUCAGUAUAUUGGUUACUGUUGGUGAAGAAAAUAAGAUGCUUCGAGAUUUGUUAUUUCUGCCAUUUCCACGUGCAUCACCAGCAGCAAAAUUCAGUAUCGAACGCCCUAAAUAUUAGCCAGUGAAUGCAAAUUAAGUUUUCCUGAUGCAAGUUUAAAUAUGUUGGUUAAAAUAUAAGGAUUGUAAAGCGACGUGCCUUUGUUGUCUAUAUUGAACUUGUUUAGAUGUGCUUUUGGGUUGAUUAUGAGUGUUAUGGCAAUUGCUAACUUUCUACUC